CCGCGCUACACUCACACUUAAGUCGAAGUCCGACAGAGCCCCACCUGUCAUCUGCUACCCCUCCGCGAACAGACCGGGUCGCCACCGACACGCCCACGCUCGACUCUGUUGCUUUGCUUCCCUGCCCUGGACCUUCGUCCUCGCGGCGCGUGCCGAGGUGGAGGAGGAGCCAGCCGCCGUCGCGUGCCAUCUACACCACCACUUUUCAGCUCCCGGAUCGAAGCACGGGUCGGUUAAAGGACGGAGCCCCGAGCGAGCUUGCGCGGCCUGGGCCUGGCACGGAGACGGGAGGCCGACUUGGCACGGAGACGGAGACGGUAUGAGCAGCAGCAGCAGCCUCGCCAUAGUGGAGAAGAAGCCGCCGCCGUUCCCCGGCGGCGGCGGCGGCGGCGUGCUCUUCCACCUCCUCGACUGGCACCGCCGCCUCGCCCGCAAGCGCAGGCUCUUCUCCCCGCGCCGCCUGCUCCCCUCGUCCCUCCGCUCCUCCUCCUCCCCACGCAGGCCCCCGUGCCCGCCACCUCCCGCUUCCCCGCCGCCGCCGCCGCCACCGCCGCGCCCGUCCGAUGCCGCCGCCCCGGGCCUCGUCGCGCGCCUCAUGGGCCUGGAGUCCUGGCCCGCGCCGCCGAGGCCGCAGAAGCAGAGGAAGGUGGAGGCGUCGCGCGCGGACGGCGCCGACUCGGCGGUCGUGCUGGUGCUGCCUAAGACCCGCAGCCGUCGCCCUCCCGCGCCCGCGCCCGCGCCGGCGGCGAGGAGCCACCACGGGGCCGACCUGCCGGCGCGGAGCCCGAGGCGGACCCGGCUCGUGCACGCGGCCGCGGCGAAGCUGCUGGACCCGGGCGCGCGCGCCGGCUCACGGGCAAGCGCCAGGCUGGCCCUCGCCUACGCUUGCUCUUCCCCGCAGCACCGCAGGGAUGGCCACGCCAGCGCCUUGCUUCAAGGCUCGAGAAUGGCCGACGACUUCCUAUCUCGCUCCGACAGCUUGCUCUUGGAGGAGCGUUCCGCACGGGUACAUGUACAGGUACAGCCUCCUGGUCUUCCUGCGGAGACAGACACCGCUGCUGUCCCGCGUAGGCACGGCCAUUUUUCCGGUAACAGCAACGCCGAUGCAGCGACCAGUACCAGUACGAUAGUGUUGCCAAGAAUGGAUUUUGGGGAUGGGAACAGGAGCAAACGGGGCUCUGAUAUGGAUGCCAAGCACAAUGAGAGUGGAGUAAGAGAUGAGGUAGUGCGCACUUGUGCCAGGGUUAGAUCGAGCGGUGCUGCCGUUCAAACUGGAGACGAGAGGUCGUUGCGCAAACGAGCAACACCUACUCGGCCGGAGGUUUCUGGUUCUGGGAUUACAGAGCCUGGGGGCUUGGCUGGAUCGACGCGCCUGGUUGGACGCGCUCGUGAAUCGGUAUCUGCUACUAGGAAGGUCGCACACGGUGGUUCUGGUCCGAUAAGAGAGCUCGCGGGACGGAUCGUUGGGCAAGGGAGAAUGACACGCAGAGAUUUGAACAGCCAAAAUGGAUUAUCAUCCACAAGUAGGAUUUUAAGCAAUGGAUCUGCACAUAAAAGGGGACCAGGGAGGAAGGUGGGGCAUGAUGCAGCAAUCAGUAGCAGAGAUGACAGAAAUGCAGUUGCAGUUGCUUCUAGAUCAUCUACAAAGCCCGUGGCCAGAGCUUCGUCUCCGCGAAGCAAUCUAUCAAAGGGCGGAUCCCCAAGUAGGCUAGCACAUGAGACAACUCGCACACGAGUGCCGGCUCCUGAAAAAGGAUGUGUCGAAGCUUCACCUUGUGUUAUGUCUACUUCUGAGAAAGAUGAAUUUAGCAGGCUGUUGAAAGCAAAAAUCAAUGAGCUUGGCAUGUCGGACAGGAUCGAGUGUACACCAAAUGAUUCACCUUCAGGAAAAUUGACUGUGCCUGUGCUGCAAGAGCUCAUUUCUGCCCUUGCAACUGACAUGAGCACUUCAAUCUCCCAAUGUAGCAACUACUCUGGUGCAUCAGCACCCUUACGCUGCAAUGGAAAUGUUGACUGCAUCAAUCCAGCGCAUUGUAUAUUCUCCAAUGAGCAAUCACCUGAUUUUCAGAAAUGCUAUCAGGGUGAACAAGAUGUUGAUUCUUCUGCUACAUCGCUAAACAAUGAGCCCAAUCAGCCAAGUCCAACAUCAGUCCUUGAAGCAUCUUUCUCAAAUGAUACUUCUUUAGGAAGUCCAGUUGAAAAGAAUGAAGGAAAAGACUUCAUUGUGUCAAUUGAGAACAAGAUGGAAGAUCUCUUUAAUUUGGAGUCUGACAUCGUCGAUUUAGCAAUGUCAAUUGACACAAGGAAAACUGAUGCUGAAGAAGCACACCAUGGCAAUGACAAGUUAUCAUGUUUACAGAAUUUUCUUGCACAUGAUUUCAAUAUCUUGGAAUCUAGGCUCUGCAGCAUUAGAGAAGCUAUUUCAAAUGCUGAACUGCUUCUGGGCAUUAGCCUCUUGCAUAGCACAACAUCAGGUCUUCCACUCCAUCCUUUCAUUGUUGAAACGCUAGAAAAUACUAUGGAUAUGUUUAGUGGAGGAGAGUACUCAGAUUUUACUGAAGAUAAGAAGUAUCAACAUACCAACUUCCUGUUUGACUGCAUUAUAGAGUCACUGGAUUCAAAAUUCUGCAAUCUUGGCAAAUGUGGAUACAAGGCUUGGCUGAAGUUGCCUCACAGUUUGAGCAAAGAUCUGUUGAAGCGCCAGCUAUUGGAAAACAUCAGCAACUGGAGGGAGUCAAGUGGGACUGCUCUUAGACAAGUUUCUGACAAAGAAGUGGACCAAGUGACUGACAGGUGGGAUGCAAACCUUGAAGCAUUUGAUAUAAGCAUUGCAAUCGAGAACGACAUUCUUGAGGCGCUUGUCGGUGAGUUCGCAGUUGACCUAUGGUGAAACGGCGUAUUGACUGCCCUAUAUGUAUAUGAGAUAUUGACAUGUUUGGACUUCUGCUCGCAUGAUUCUGGAUAAAUAAGAUACUGCGGAUAUGUUUGUUUUUUCUUAGCAGUAAAUUUUGUAGAGUCAUGUAUGGUUGAAGGGCCUCCGUGUUUGUUUUACCCUUCGUAUGUUAUAAUGGAAACAUGCUAAAGCUUAACAA